UUGAAAUAAAAAUACAGCAAACCGAAUAAAAGUCUCCUACUCCGGUGAGUUCUCAUUCAUCUUCUCUGUUCUAUAGCCAAAAUACAGUAAUCACAACUUGAUUCAGAUCUCAAAAAUCUUGAUCAUCACCAUCAUUACUCUUAGAUCUUUGACCCCUCGGUCACACACACUCACUCACUCACCUACUAUGCCUUCUAGGGUUUCCAUUCUUUGUAUCAUUGGGGCAAUACAACAGUCCCAAUUCUCACCCUCUCACACCACCAUUCUCUGAUUCCCCAGACCCACCAGAAAAAGCAUGCGUCUUUGGUGCCACCGCGUCAAACCCACUUCAGAUUCUCCUCUGAAACCCACGGAGAGUGUUGCAGGCGGUGUCUGUUAGCAUUCACUGUUCAAUUCUUCUGGAAUCUCAAAUUGGAGGCUGCUUUAUCAAUUUUGGAAUUUUUUCACAAAAUGAUUUCUUCAGGGAUUAACCUGGUGAUGACUGUUAUUGGGUUUGCGGUGAGCACCAUGUUCAUUGUUUUCGUCUGCACCAGACUCAUCUGUGCUCGAAUUCAAUUGAAUGCUUCAAGGAGAUCCUUUCCCAUUGCCUCCAGAUCCAAUCUCAGCAUGAUGGAGCGGGGUUGCCAUGGUCUUGAACGCGUAGUUGUAGCUAAAUUUCCAACAAAGAAGUACAGUGACAAGUUUUUUGCUGCUGCAGAAAAUUCUCAGUGCACUGUCUGCCUCUCAGAAUACCAAGGUGAAGAUAUGCUGCGUAUCCUCCCUUAUUGUGGACACUCCUUUCAUGUAACCUGCAUAGACUUAUGGCUGCAGCAGAAUUCCACUUGCCCUGUUUGUCGUAUAUCAUUGCGCGAAUUUUCUGAGAGAAAGCGGUUAAUGCAGCCCUUGUUCAGCUCUGCUUUGCAACCUCAUUAUGAUAUACAAUCCUUUGACACUCACCAUUAUCACUGUAUGAUAGCUGAUAAUGGAUUAUCACCAAGAACCCCUGACAACCAUGGGGUGAAUCCCAUAGAAGAUAAUCAUUUUCCAUCUGAGGGUGGUGGAGCAGUUGCUAUGGACAAUAUCACCUGUUUAAGUGAGGGUGACCUCAUUAAAGAUGAAGGGAAGAAGCAUGUAGAGAGCCCAUCAAAUUUCCAGAUUUGAUUGGUGUCAUGGAAAUCGAUGCUUCAAAAUGACGCUUUCAAAUCACAAUUUGAGUCAAGUUAAUGUUCCAAAAUUGGAGUGAAAAUGUGAAAUGCAUUAGCAUGCUGAAGGAUGGUUAAUAUCUUUUACUGUAUAUAUAGCAGAGAACACCCUUACCCUCCCGGAUAGUAUUUGAAUCUCUCUCUCUCUCUCUCUCUCUUCCCCUCCAAAUCCCUUCAAAUUGUAAUUGCUGUAAGACUAUAAGUAGUUGAAGAUCAGCUGGAGCUAUAGCUGUGGCCUUCCCCUUGCAAACAUUUGUAUUAAUGCAAUCCAUACAGUACAGUUAAUGUAUCUUGGCUUUCUGUCCUACUAUUAUUUUUAUGAUUUAUCUA